AUGCUGGAACAUGUGUCUUUGACGGUGCAUGAGGCCUUCUCUGGAAUCGCCGGGAGCAUCUCGCUGGCCUGCUGGAUCUUCCUGCUGGUAAAAAUUCCUUCGUCGCUUCUGUCGCACACACCUGUGCCUGACUCAUUCUCACCANNGGUGCCUCAAUUGAUCGAGAACUACCGUCAAUCCUCUGCAGACGGCAUCUCCAUCACCUUCCUGCUGGUAUGGAUGGCCGGCGACAUCACCAACCUCGCCGGCGCUCUUUGGGCUGAUCUCGUGCCCACCGUCAUCGCUCUCGCCAUUUACUUCUGUUUCGCCGAUGCCGUUCUGCUGUCGCAAUGCUUCUACUACAACACUUUGAAUGCCCGCCGCGAACGCAAGCGCUCUAUUGCCGCCGCCGAGAACCCUGUCGUCGACGAGAGCGCCCCUCUGCUCGCCGAGCAACAAGACAACCUUGGUCUGCCUGGUAGCAGAAGACGCAGCAGUGCUGCCAGUCGCAGACGUACGAGAAGCAGUGCUGAGCGUAGCAACAGCCUUAGCAACAUUCUCGAGGAGGGCCAAGGCUCCACUGCCUGGCUGAAGAACACCCUUAGCGUUGCAAUUAUUCUCAUUGCUGGAGCCGCAGGAUGGGCCAUUGCUUGGAGAGCUGGCGCCUGGCGACCAACUCCUGUAAACGUAUCUGACGGUGGCAGACACAUGCCCGUCGGUGCUGAGGUGCUUGGCUAUGCCAGUGCUGUGUGCUAUCUNGGGGUGCGUUUCUUCUUUCCAACACGCGCCGCAGUCUUGUGCUAA